AUGGGAAAAGACAAGAAAUCCGGCUUGUCGGCUUCUUCCAAGAAGAUCGACCCGACCCUUGAUGCUCUUUUCUCAACAAGCUCAGGACCGGUUCAAGCUCCGCCGAAAUCUCGAUAUUCCGAGCUGAUCCCUGAAAACGCUAGACGGGAGUUAGAGCGCGAAAGUGAGGACGAGGACGAGGUCGAGGUCGACGAUGAAGAGCUUUCAAGUGGUGACGAGGGCGAUGCGAACGAAUCUGAAGCCAGCGAGGUGGACGAGGCUGCGGACAGCGUACGCGACGAGGAACUGAGCGAUGCUUCCGCCCCCGGAGCAAGCGAGGAUGACGAGCGCGAAAUCGCUGCUCAAAUACUUGCCGAAGCCCAGGCACACGAGCGCAAGCAGAAAAAAAAGCGGAAGCAAGACGAAUUUCACGAUUUGGAAAGCAAAUACUUUGAUAAACUCGGCGAGGAUGAGCCGCCUGCUAGCAAGAGAAGGAAGUCAGAUGACAAUGGGGCUGAAGACUCCAAGGCUAAAGACGCUGAGGACGACUCGGAUGGCGACAUACCCGUGCAUGAGUCUCUUACAAAGAGCAAGGAGGCUGACGAGAUCGAAAAGGCAUCACGAACUGUCUUCCUCUCCAAUGUCUCCAUCGAAGCUGCUAGCUCAAAGAAGGCGAAGAAGACGCUCACGAGCCAUCUGUCUUCUUUUCUCGAUAAGUCUGCCUCACCACCACAGUCGCUGGAGUCGCUCAGGUUCCGGUCUGUUCCUUUCGCAACAGCAGCGAUGCCGAAACGUGCCGCUUUUGCCACGAAAAAUCUCAUGGAAGCCACCACACAAUCGGUCAACGCAUACGUCGUGUACAGUAGUGCGGCAGUUGCUCGCGCAGCAUGCGAGAAGCUUAAUGGCACGGUUGUGCUAGACAGGCACUUGCGGGUGGACAGUGUUGCGCAUCCCGCGGCGGUUGACCAUCGGCGCUGUGUCUUUGUGGGCAACCUCGGGUUCGUGGACGACGAAACAGUGCUCAAUGUGAAAACGGACGAGGAAGGCAAAGAGCACACGGAGAAGCGCAAGCGCACUAAAGUGCCUAUGGACGUUGAAGAGGGACUCUGGCAAACCUUCGGCAAGCACGCUGGAAAGGUUGAGAGCGUGCGGGUCAUCAGAGAUCAAACGACGAGGGUCGGAAAGGGAAUCGCCUACGUGCAGUUCUAUGAUGGCAACUCGGUUGAGUCGGCUCUUCUCUUGAACGGCAAGAAGUUCCCGCCCAUGCUGCCGCGAGGAUUGCGAGUCAGCAGGUGCAAGGCACCGCACAAGACAGCCAGGGCGAUGGACAAGAAGAACGCAGAGAAGAGCGUGGCGCUCGCAGCCAGCAGCAAGGGCAAGAAGGGCACGAGAUAUGUGCCGAAGCUGACCGCAGAGGAGCAGACCAUGGCGGGCCGAGCUGGAAAGCUCCUGGGCCAUUCCGCUGCUGCGCAGGCUCGUAUCGCCAAAAACGGCGGGAAGAAGCGUGACAGGACAAAUAGGGGCGAGAAGAAGUUUGGCAAGGAUAAGAAGGAGGGUGCAGGCGCCGUUGUGUUCAAGAAACCCGAGGACUUCGUCUUUGAGGGACGACGUGCGAGCUCUCGCGACGCCAAACCCAAGGACCUGAAGCAGAAGGUGGGAAAGAAGAAAGCCGGUGCCAAGCCGAAGAGGAAGACGGCGAGGUGA